AUGCUAGCCCUUCCUGCUAGCAUCUUGGAACCCCAACCUGGUAGGUUGGGAUCUACCACACCAGCCAGUGUUACUCAGGGUCUGAGUGAAAAGGUGUCCAAGUGCUGUGACCUAAAGGUGUACAACCCAAUCAAUGAAAUAUGUUGUCAAUCAACCAUCAUAUCAAAACGUGGACCAAUGGCUGAAUGCUGUGGUAAAGAUGUUUUUGAUAAGGACAAGCAGUUGUGUUGUGGUCCAGCUGAUAAUAAGACAAUUCUGGUGAGGAAUUCCCGUCACCAUGAGUGCUGCGGUCACAGCCAGUAUGACACUGAGACUCAGUGCUGCUGUUCAAAUGAGAAGUUGGAGAUACAAUCGAAGGAUUCAUCCUGCUGUGUCAGGAAUUUCACUCCAGGUGUGGAAAAACAGAUCACAGAGCUUCAACCCAACUGCACUGAACCAAACACACACCUCUGUGGGUCAUCAUGUUACAAUCCAAAGGAAAGUCAGUGCUGUGAGAGAAAUCAAAAGCCUCACUGGUUCUGUGCCUCAGUGUGA